AUGAUUUUUUCGGAUGAAUUCAAAGAUUUAAUAAAACAACCAACUUAACUUAAUUCUAGCAGAUCAAAUCAUUCUAAAUUUGGAAGUGUCUCUACUUUUAGAGAAUCUCAAAAAAAGGCAGUUCUAAAUUAUCCAAAAGAACAAUAAAAAUUAUUAUAUAAUGCUAGCUAUUUAUUGAAGUAAUCAAAUAUGAUAGGAUUAAAGAAAAGAUUAAGAAUGUUCGUAAUUGUUCUAAAAUUUAUCAGAAGAUUAAAAAUAGUUACUCAUGAAUCGCCUUAUUAACAUAGUCUUGCUAAUUUAAAAAAGGUUAAAAAAACAACUUUGAAACUUCCUUAGACAAUAAAUGAAAAGUUCAAGUCUUGGUGUUUGGGUAUAUUUUAAAAAUCAUUUUCAACAAUUCCUCCAGAUCUCUUUAAUUAUUUAAGAUAACCAAAUAAUAAAAUCAAAGAGGACAAAUCUCAACUAAUCUUAAUAAAUGCCAUUAAAUUUUUCUUUGAAAACAUGGCAUAUUGCACACAUCCAGAUAUUGUAUGUAUGGAAAUUAAACAUUAUUUAUUUUCUUAACUAUUUUUAAAUGAGAAGGUUCAUUUUACAGCAUUUGUAUCAUCCAGAACAUCAUAUAUUUCUCAUUUAAAUAAUGAAAUAACCUUAGAUUAAUAAUCUAUGAUCAUAAUGGAAGUUUUGCUUUUUUUUAGAUUUGCAUUUAUACUAUUUGAAUGCACAAGUACUAAUUAAUUUGCAAUCAUUAUGCUUAUUAGCACACUUCAUUAUUAUUUUUUUUUAAAAUUCUCUAGUUUAAAAUGUUAAUAUGAGCCUCAACAAAAUUUGAUUUAAUUAAAAAUAGAGGAAACAUAGAAUCAGAAAUAUAUCUUAAAAGUAGAAUCAGUAUAGACUCCAUUACCAAACAAUUUAAUAGUUUAAGGAAUUUAUCCAAGAGAAGAAGUUUAAAAACUUUUAAAAUUAAGACCAAAUUUGGAUGAAAAGAUUUCACAGUAUUUUAAUAAAACAAUAGAACAUUUAUAAUUAUUUCUUAUAGAUUUCUACCAAUGA